GCAAGUUAUGCCAAUAUGACUCCCAAUCAAAAGCACACAAAGAUGGCAUUGCGUGCGUCAGUGCGCAAUACUCUGAGCAAGGAUUCCAUAGCCAUGGAGAACCCAUUGUAUAUCCCUAAGAUUGUUCGUGAUGGCUCCAUACCCACAUGUGAUUGGUCUAUUCCUAAAGUCAGCGGAACCCUUGUUUAUAUUCAGUCUACUUCGGAGCAGAUGGCAGAUGGGGAGACCCAUGAUAUGGAUGUGAGUGAAAUAUCACGGAGAAAACAUAUAACACAUGGAGAACGACACACAUUGAUGUGUCGUCGAAACGAAGCAUUCUAUGAAAGUACUAAGAAGAAUGAGACUGCAUCGAUGGAUGAAACCUCGUCGAUGAAUUUGGAAGGCGUAAAUGGUUUAGAACACCAAACCCAAUCGAUCAUUGUUAAUAAUGAAAACAUAUCUCCAACGCGCGAGACUGCCCAAAAACACCCAACACACUCACAAGGCAAUGAUUAUGGUGGUGAAGAGGGCGUCAUCUUGGAGGAAGACUCAGAAGACGAGGAAGGCUACAUGUUCGCUGGGAAUGAGGAUGACACCGAUGACGAUAUUGAAAUGGACGAGUCUGACAACGAGUCUGCCUCAGUUGCAAGCAUUCCAGAUCCCUAUGACAUGGUGUAUAGCAAGAUCCCAACAGACACACACAAGUUGAAGCCAGUGGAAGACUGCAAGCACUGCUAUGCCAAGAAGUUUGAGCGUGAGACCAUGGGGUUUUGCUGCCGUAAGGGGAAGAUCAAACUAGCCAACCCGGAUACGCCUCCUGAGCUCAUGAAGCUAUGGACGAGUGAUGACCCUGCUGCUAGGCAUUUUCGUGACAACAUCAGGUUUUUCAAUAGCCAUUUCUCAUUCACCUCACUAUAUUGUCACCUUGAUAGUGAUACCACUAACACAUUAAAGCAUCCUAUCUACACAUUCCGUGCCCAUGGCCAAAUGUACCACAAUAUACGGUCAUUUGGCAAACAAGAUGGUUUGGAUCGUAGUCAUCUGGAGCUCUACUUCUAUGAUAAUGAUCCCAGUUUAGAGCAUAGGUAUCGCAGUUGUCGCAAAGAGUAGUGCCAGAAAGACAAAGAAGUAAUCACACGACUGGUCGACAUACUUCGUGGCAACCCAUACUCUGAACACCUCCAUAGUAUGGGGCAUGUUGAUGAUAUGGAUGACUAUCACAUAACACUUAACCUUGACCAAAGGAUGGAUCAGAGAAGAUAUAAUGCGCCGACCACUUCAGAAGUAGCAGCUGUGUGGGUGGAGGGCAGUGAACGUCGUAGACAGUUCGGUAAUAGUGUCAUCCUGCAUGGGAAGAAUAUAGAUAUAUACGGAAUCAAGUCCUAUCAUGGAUGCUAUGAUGCGUUGUCGUACCCUCUAUUCUUCCCUAGAGGCGAACUUGGGUGGCAUGCUGAUAUCUCGAAGGAAGGUGUGUCCUAUGAAACUGUGAUGGCAGCUCGUGCAGCCCGUCUAGCUCAUGGUCAUAGUGAUGACUCCUCUAAUCCUGGUGAUAAAGAUGAUGAGGACGAGGAUGAUAAUGCAGGUUAGUGUUGCGCUUAGUUAUUACAUGCGCAGUUCAUAGUUCGCACUAUACUCUCCAGUUUACAACACCAUAUUUUUUCAAUUUUCUAUGCAGGUUC